AUGGUUGACAAUCGGCAAAAGAUGUUGAGCAAAGCUGUUAGUUUAAAGAGCGAAGUUGAUCCGACAAGGCAGGCACAAAUACACACACCUGAAUACAAGCCUAAACCCCCAAAGGCCCAAAACCUAUCACAACACAUCAUGCACUUCCGUCCCCCGGCCACCCCUUUCUCUCUCUACACUACACUUUCCCGCCACUUUUCCUCCACCAGUACCACCACCAAGCUUCCAAGAAUCCACAACCUCUCCAAAAUACCCUCCAGGCACAGACCACAAGCCAUCCAAGAAGCCCAAAAGGUUCUCACAGACUACCUUCACGCAACCAGAUAUUUACCCUUCACCUACGCCGAACACAUAAGCAAGAACUCGCUCCUAUCUCUCUCAAAUGUCAUUUCGAAAGUCGAUUUUUCACCCUCAACAUUCUCAAAAGCCGUUCAGAGAUUCCUCAGGUAUCACCCUAUCAAUGAAUUUGAGUUUUUCUAUGAAAGCAUUGGCAUUAAUCACGAGGAAAUCAAUGGGUUGUUGCCUGUGAAUAAGUUUUUUUUAUUGGAAGAUUUGCGAGUUUUCAACGCUGCUUGCGCGCUUGCUGGUUUUGGGUUUCCCUGGAACAAGUUGGGCAUAUUAUAUAAAGAAGAAGCUUCGAUUUUUAACAAAGAACCGCGUGAAUUGAAUGAAAGGCUUUGUGGGUUUAAAGAUUAUGGGUUUAAUAGUGUGACAAUUAUUGGUAUCUGUUUGAUUUUCCCUUAUGUUUUGAGUGAAAUUUCUGAGUUGAGUGAAAUUGAUGCUCUGUUUGAUGAUUUGAAGCAGAUUUUGAUUGAUUAUGAUUUGGUUAGUUUUGUAGAGGGGAAUGUAGAUGCUUGGUGUGAGGUUUGUAGGAAAAUUCGGGUGUUUUAUGAUUUGGAUUGCGAGAAAGGGAAGGUAGGGGAAUUGAUGGGCAGGAGCAAAAACAUUUUUCUGGAAUACCCAGAAGAGGUUUUGGUCCUAAAGGUGGACUUCUUUUCCAGAUUGGGUGUUAGAAAGGGGGAGAUUGCACAGUUACUUCUUUCAAAACCGGAGAUUCUUGAUUUUGACUUGGAGAGCCCAGUGAUUUCAGUGUUGGGAUUUUUGAAACAUUUUGGAUUGAGAGCAAAAGAAUUGAAGUCAAUCACUGAAAGGUACCCAUAUGUUUUGGGUAGAAAUAAAAUAGCCAAUGUGCCUCAUGCAAUGAAAUCAUUGGAUCUUAGUGAGUGGUUCUUCGAUAAGAUGAAAAAUGGGGAUCAUGUUCUGUUAAGUACUUAUCAUAUUGGUACUCCUGAUGAAGCCUUGGAUAAAGAGUAUACAGAGCACUUGGAAAGAAUUCAGUCUUUAAGAACAAACAUCCAUAUGAUUAGUAAGUUGAAUUUCUUACAUUCUAUUGGUUAUGGAGAGAAUAAAUUGACCAUAAAGGUCUUCACUCACUUGCAUGGAAGUAGUUGUGAUUUAAAGGAGAGAUUUGAUUGCCUUCUUCGUAACGGGGUUGGAUUUUCAAAACUCUGUAAAAUGGUUAGCUGGUCCCCAAAGAUUUUAAACCAACAACCGGAAAUACUUGAACAGAAAGUGAAGUUCCUUUGCCAGGAGAUGGGAUCCUCUUUGCAGUACCUUGACGUUUUUCCAGCAUAUCUGUGUUAUGACUUAGAGAAACGAAUCAAGCCUAGAUACAGAUUUCAUAUGUGGCUUACAGAAAAGGGCUUGUGCGAGAAAGAUUAUUCCAUUGCAAGCAUGAUUGCGACCAGUGAGAAGAGUUUCAUAGCCAGAAUUUAUGGCAUUCAUCCAGCUGCUCCAAAAAAGUGGUUGGAGAGUUUCUUAAACAAAAAGCAUAGCCACAUUUGCCAAGGGACAUUACUCUUGUAAUCGGGUUUAUACAAUGAUUGUACAUUCUGUAGCUGAUCAGUAACUUAGACGAUAAAGUCAGAGUUCUGAGCCCUUUCGAGAUGGUAGCACUCGGAAAUCUGCUUAUGUAUUCUGAUAAUUCUUUGUCUACUGGUUUUUCUUUGUUUACAGGAAGAGAAGUGGUAUUUCAUUUUGAAGUGCCGAGGAGCUGUGGGGAAAAAUAAAAUCUAUCAUAAACCACAGGGGUCGUUAAAGAAAUCAAGAACAAUACACAACAACUCUGGUAUGGAUUGAAGUUUAGCUUUUCCUGGAAUAACACUAUUCAAUCUCUUUUUAUUGUGAAAUAUAAAUUUUGUUAAGUGACCAUUCAUAUUCAUCGAAGGUCUAAUCUUGUAAUUUUGAAUUACCAACAUGCCUUUGUUUUUAUAUUGAUGAAUGAUUUAAUGCUAUAACUGUUUUUUUUUUUUUUGUU